UUGAGGAUUCUUUUUUUGCCUUCGUCAAGAACGCCGUUGAAUGCUAUCGGGUUCAUUGUCGAUGAAGUCCUAAGUUCGAGUAGCGCUCCCACGCUGAUUAGCAUGAAUUGGCGAGUCGCAAUCAAGUCUGGCAGCAAUUCCUCAACUCCGAAGGGACGUGGGGCUUGGUGGAAAAACAGAAAGUGUAUUAAACUAUUCAGAGAAAUUCCACGCGCCUACCACGGAGCUGUAUUGUGUGGUGAAAAAAUCGUUAUCUUUGGAGGUUUCAAUGGAAGGGAAUACUAUCAACAUGCGAAAUUGUUCGAUCUCAACAGAAAGUCUUGGGUUGCCAUUACGAAUAUGCAUGACAGACGAUGUUAUGUCGCUGCCACUGCUUUCCUAAAUCCGUCUGGAAUGCACCAUGUAGUCAAAACUUUUCUGCCUUAUUUUUUUACCAAAGUUGCAUACUAUUGCAGGUCUGACGCUGGCGCUGUGGUGUUGGCUGGCCGGCCCACAAUCAUCGGCGGAUUCGAUGGCCGAACCAUCCACAAUGACAUCGAAAUGCUCGACUUUGCAUCUCAGCUACAUGGCUCAUCGUCAAUGCGAUCGGUACGUACAGGAGUGUCUGCAGUGACAUACGAAGUCAACUCUGUCAUCGUGGUCGGUGGAUUUAACGGCAUUCGGCGGCUAAGGAGCACAGAAUUCUAUGAUCAUCGCGUCGGACUAUGGUAUCCAUUACCUGAGAUGGAAAUUACCAGGUCAAACUUUGGAAUAGAAAUAAUGAACGGAAGCAUUUACAUCGCUGGUGGAUUUGAUGGGACUCGAACGACAAGCACCGUAGAGCGAUUUGACAUGAGAGCCUGCAAGUGGGAGGUAGGGAAGCACAUUGCAACUGUUGAAAGUGAUCAGUUUGAUGAGAUUCUAUUAAAUGGAAAAUUCCAUAGGAAUUGCUUAUUCCUAGAUGUCUUUAAUAGAUAUCAAUAA